AUGUUGGACAUUCCAUACUCAGAUCCUCAAGUUAAUCCUCAGGUCGUGAAGAAGAGGAGGCUAUCCCAAUCCAACAUCACUUCAUCCCCUACUGGUCCAUCUGUAACGGACAUUACAAUGGUGGCAGACGGUGAGCGAACCAGCUCUCCGUCCCAUUCUGUUCCUCCCCCCCGCCAAGACUCUACCUAUCAAGCAAAUACCCCCAACCCCUAUGGCCCCAGCCCCUUACUGGCACCUGAGAUGUAUGAAACAGACCAAAACAUCCGUGAAUGGCUGCGCGAUCUCUCGAUCCUGCUCCUAAGUGUCCCCCCACACGAACAUACUUGCUACCUCUUACGGUUUCUAUCCCCCCCAGCACGCCGACGUGCUUUCGACGCUGGGAUUAAACCCACUACGGACUUCGAACGAGCCACAGAGAUACUCGUUCAACUUUUUGACCAUCCGGACGCCCCAGGCGUUGCCAACCAACGUUUUGCCACCUUACGUCAACACCCCACACAGUCCGUCGACGAUUUCGCAGGGGAGCUGAUGCGCCUGGCAACUAUAGCUUAUCCCAACUUGCCGGAAUCAGACCGAGACUCUCUUAUUCUCCACCGAUUCAUUACCGGUCUGCACGACCACAGGGCGACCGACAUUCUUCUCUUACACCCUCCCAAUAACUUAUCUUCGGCCAUUCGACAAUGCCGGCUAUACGAAAUCCACCAUUCCGGCAGUAAGGAUACCCCUUUUCAUUACCGUCAACCCCCGCGGCCAAUACCUCCGCCUCCCAGCAAACCGUCCACUUUACCGGUGCGCUUUCCUGACUUCAACCCAGGGUGUGCAUACUGUACAGCCUUCGGCCCGCAAGCCAAACGUUGUGGUCACAACACGCCCAGUAAGUGCACGUUCGUUGCCCCUGCUUAUUUAGAUACUGUUUCCCAUUCACCCCCUUUUACCGUACCGGUUAGCUUUGAAGGCCAAUCUGUGCAGGCAUUAGUCGACACGGGGGCCAACGUAUCGCUCGUGAAUCCCGCUGUACUAUCUCGCAAAACCUAUGACCAAAUCGAACCUAUAAGCUAUCCUCGUAACCUUCGAGCGGCGAACGGUACCACAAUCCCCGUCACAGGUCGGAUAACUCUCCAAUUCGUACUCGAAGGGACAGUCGUUGUAUACCAAUUCCUCGUAACGCCCAAUAACCCUUGGAACCUUGUCCUAGGACUAGAUUUUUUAGCGAAUCAUGAUUGCAUUAUCCAUACCAAAGACCGCCGUCUAUUAGUAAAUUCUAAUCCUACUGUCACACCCCCACUACAAUCGCUCGACUUCGACUACAUCUACAACGCCGUAUUAUCAGCUACCGCCUUAGACCCUAUCAGUAUAGACGACAUCUUGCCCCCUCCGACAUCCUUAGCACCCGACGCACGUAACCAACUCCGUGAACUCUUACUCUCUUUUCCCGAUGUAUUCACGUGGACAACCGAUUCCAUCGGCCGCACAUCGAAGGUACAGCAUACCAUAAACACUGGUGAUGCCAAACCCGUUUGGCAACCUCCACGACGCAUACCAACCCGAUACCGGGAUGAGGUUGAUAAAAUUCUAGACGAGCUUUUAAAGGCGCGGAUAAUUCAGCCCUCUUCCUCACCGUGGGCUUCUCCCAUAGCUCUGGUGCCUAAGAAAGACGGGUCCUUGCGGCUGUGCAUUGAUUACCGCCGCCUGAACGCAGUCACCGUCCGUGACUCGUUUCCCUUACCCCGUCUGGAUGAUACCCUCGACACCCUAGGGAGUGCAGCAUGGUUCUCCACCCUAGACCUCAAAUCUGGAUAUUGGCAGGUCGAAAUUCACCCGAAAGACCGCCAUAAAACAGCUUUUACCGUACCACAAGGUCUAUAUGAAUUCCAGACACUCCCCUUCGGACUUUGCAAUGCCGCCGCCACCUUUCAGCGGCUGAUGUACCAGGUGUUGCGGCACCUCACUCCCACCAAAUGCCUUGUCUACCUAGACGAUAUUAUCGUAUUCGGGCAGACCAUCGAACAACACAACCGCAAUUUACGUGAGGUUCUAGAAGCGCUCCGCGAUGCCGGUUUAACGCUAAACCCCCAUAAGUGCGUCUUCUUACGUUCGGAGGUACAAUUUCUGGGGCACAAGAUAUCACCCGGCCACAUAGCUGCCCUCCCUGAUCGGCUGCAACAAAUCCGAACAUGGCCAACCCCGAUAAACCAGUCUCAACUCCGUAGCUUUCUUGGACUGGCGUCUUAUUACAGACGGUUUAUCCGGAACUUUGCCCAUAUAGCCGGUCCGCUACAUAAACUUACAGAAAAAGGCCGGGAAUUCAAAUGGUCUCCCGAUUGUGAGGAGGCUUUUAUUAACCUUAGAGCCGCUCUCUGCUCAGCCCCACUUUUAACUCUCCCUAAUCUAAACCCUGAUGCACCCCCUUUUAUCCUUGACACUGACGCCAGCGGGUUCGCCAUGGGGGCAGUCCUGUCGCAAGCGGACGAUAAAGGUAUCGAACACCCCAUAUGUUUCGCGAGCAAUACUUUGACGAAACCCCAACGGAACUACUGUACCUUCCGUAGGGAACUUUUAGCCAUAAUAACAUUCAUCCGCCAGUUUAAACACCUACUCAUUGGUCGCCACUUUAUCCUUCGCACUGACCAUCGAGCGCUCCAAUGGCUGCAAUCUAUCAAAGACCCCAUGGAUCAGCUCGCACGGUGGCAGGAAUUUUUACAAGAUUUCGACUUUGAGUGUCAAUAUCGUCCCGGUCACAAACACGGGAAUGCUGACGCUUUCUCACGUUUUCCCGACACGCAACCACCAGAUCUCGACCCCAACACCGCGUCAGUCAAUGCGAUCACGAUGUCCGAAUCCACUCGUCACGUCUGGUCGUCGGCUCAGCAGACUGACCCUGACACGGCUAUCAUUUAUAACCACCUAUCCCAACGCAUCAAUAAACCUACUGAGGCGGACAUGAGAGGCGCUAGUCAAAAUGCACGCCUCCUUUGGCACCAGUGGCCUCACCUCCUAAUCGACAACGAUAUCCUCUUUUCCCGCGACCCCUCAUCAAAACAACUGCGCCCAGUAGUGCCAGGAUGUUUGAUCGACAGUGUACUGUCUGACCUCCACACAGAAUUGGGGCAUUGCGGCCAACGACGCACCGAACUGGCAGCCCGUGCACGAUUUUGGUGGCCCCAGCUCCGUUCCUCUGUCCUCCAUUUUUGUCAAUCCUGCACCACUUGCAACCUGUUCAAGUCUCCAAACCCCUUUCCACGUGCUCCCAUGCAACCCAUGAUCACGGGUUUCCCCGGCGAGCGCGUCGGUUUAGACAUUAUCGGCCCUCUACCGAUAUCAGUCCGCGGAUAUGAAUAUAUCCUUGUUAUGGUAGAUUACUUUACAAAAUGGGUCGAAGCCGUACCUUUACUCCGCCAAGAUGCCACAUCUGUCGCAAACGCUAUUAACCGCACGUGGGUUUGUCGUUGGGGAGCACCCAUAUCAUUCCACUCCGACUGCGGUAGCAAUUUUGACUCCCAGCUCUUCCGUGAAGUGUGCAGCAUACUGGACAUACAUAAAACACGCACGACACCAUACCACCCCGAAGGUAAUGGCCUUGUCGAGCGCACCAACCGCACCAUUCACAAUCUCCUUCUUGCGUUUACGAAAGAGAGCCACGAACAUGACUGGGACGUACAACUCCCAUUCUGCCUCUUAGCCUAUAGGAGUUCAGUCCACUCGUCCACUGGCUUCACACCCCAUUACCUCUGGACAGGUCGCGAGAUACGCCUCCCCGCAGAUCUUCAAUACCCCCUACAUACUCCCGACCCCACGACCAUAUCGACCUACGCCUCCCGUCUUCGCGAAACGAUACGUACCGCAUACAACUCAGCACGCGAAACAAUCGGUACGUCAUCCUCACAUCAAAAAACACAACACGACCGCCAUUCGACUGGCACUACACAUCAAGUGGGCGAUUUAGUCAUGCACCACAACCCCGUACCACCACGCGGAAUUUCAGCCAAACUCCACUAUCCCUGGCAAGGUCCGUUCGUUAUCAUCGAUGUUUUGUCACCCUCGAACUACCUCCUCCGCGAUGCCUCGCAACCCCACUCCCCCACCUUUACAGCUAACUUUAACAAACUCAAACCCUACCGCGGUCGAUUACCCCUUUGCACAUCAGACUCCCUACCCAUCCUCCCAGACGACCAAGUUCCCCCCGUAGCCAUAGAGGUCACAGUUCCCUCAGCCAUCGAGACCACUAUCCCUUCCCCCCGCGACCAUAGCAGCACUGAGGACAGUGCUGCAUUCUAAGAGGGGGGCUAUGUAACAGCCAAAAUAGAGCGUAGGGGUCUAAACUUGUUUUACUAAUCAGGUGAACACUAAUCUUGUAGAAAUCCCCGGGCCAAGCUCACCGCAUGGACGCGAUCAAGGCCGCUGA